AUGGCGAGCAAACUUCGUGAUCAAUGGGUAUGUGUCGCCCCUUUCGAUGCGGAUCCGGACAUCGCAGGUCCUGGGGUUAUGACAAGUUUUCUGGUUACCGCGUGGGUCACAUGUUUUGUGGCAUGUAUCCAAUUAUAUUGUGUCGUGUCAUCUCGAUUCCGUCUCAAACUUCUUUCUUCUGUGUCAGGAACCACAGCUGAGCAUAUUGGCAAAUACACAGUCAAGCUAACGAAUAUUUCCAUCCCAUCAUCUAUCGAACGAAAGAUCCCAAGACUCAUAAUUAAAGGCGUUCAUCUCGGCCACUAUGUCAUCCGAUGUUCGUUAGCUAUGUUUCUAAGUCUCUUCCGCAAUUCCCAACCGCGACUACAAUUAUUUUCUCAAAUGGCUUUGGAUCGGUUGUGUGAUCUUCAGCUUGUUACAGGAACUGCCAUAAUCAUCGCAGGUAUAGCUGAAUUUCAUCACAUGUCUUUCUAUCACCAAUCUCUCAUUACAAGCUAUUGGCUGCUCACACUAAAUUCGUUUUGGGCUGCUAGAGCUGGAUACCUCAACUCGGAACACUAUGGUCAUGACAGGAGCUUUUAUUUCUGGACGCGUUGGGUCUUCAUACUUAUUAGUGAUCUUCUCUCAAUUUACUACCAGAUCGUUACCACACUGGAGGCCGAAAACCACUGGGACUCUGAAGAAAGUGGUCAAUGUUAUCUUUCCCACGAACCAUCACCAACCAAUGCCCAAUAUUUCUGGAUUGUGGGAAUCUCCUUUGAAGUUGUUUAUAUGUUAUUGUAUUCCAUGCAACAACUUGUACAGUCCUUAUCUCACAAACGGCGAUGGUUGAAAGGCUCAGUGAACUUCAUCGCAGAAACCUUGAACGAUGUAUUCAAUGGAAGUCAGCAACGCGCUUUAGAUUUUUGGUCGGCGGUGAAAUCGAGCACCUGUCGCUGGCCAAUUUUCUUGCGUAUUUUAUUACAACUUGUAGAAACCGUAAGCUACAUGGUCUGGCAUGUACUUUGGCGGAUUUUGGCACUGUGGGCUUGGGGAGACAACGGGUCGGUACUAAUAGUUAUUGGAUAUAUUGGACUAGCAGCAUGGAAUACUUUCGACGUUAUCGACACAAAAUUGUCUAAUCGAAGUUUGAUAAUAGGAGAUGAGGACACUUGGGGGUUUGGGCAAAUUCUGCCACUUGGUUUGCUCGCUCUCAUAUGUUUAGAUUUGCUUGACAUCCUCAAUAAAGCGUAUAAGCAUCAAAUUACAACUAUGGUACCGGAUCUGCAGACUCAGAAAGGAGAAUUGUCUCUUAUUGGCACAAGAAACGAAUAUUCGACUUGA